AGCCAGAGCCGCACUGAGCAUGCGCAGUCGCCAUUGUUUGGGCUACAGUAUAGCCUAGUACUGUCAGUCUGACUACACACGAGAACAUUUCAAUCAACGAACAAUCAGUUUGUGAUAUUAAGUAUAACUUACGUUAAACCAGUGCUCACUUCUCCUGUAUGAGUGAUUGAGUGAAGAGAUAAACGCGGAAGAAUGACGGAUCAGAGGAGCGGAUACCAGCAGUUGAAUAAUGAGGAGGAGUCGGCGGAGGUGUCUCAACAAGCCGCGGAUGCGCCUCCCCCGUACAGCAGCGUCCCAGCGAGUAACGCAGCUUUCUUUGAGUACAAGGAGGAUGAUGUUUACCCCAAACCCCCGUCCUACAAUGUUGCCACGUCACUGCCGUCGUACGACGAGGCUGAGAGGAGCAAAGCAGAGACCACCGUUCCUCUGGUCUCCGACAGGGAGGAGGACUUCAUUGCCAGAGACAGCUUUGAAGAUACGGAUCAGCUGCGGGUUGGGAACGAUGGGAUUUUCAUGCUUACGUUUUUCAGUAGAUUCCUCUUUAACUGGAUUGGCUUCUUCCUGUCCUUCUGUCUGACCACGUCUGCGGCUGGACGCUAUGGAGCCAUCUCUGGGUUUGGACUGUCCCUGGUCAAGUGGGUCCUGAUUGUCAGGUUUUCCACCUACUUCCCUGGAUAUUUUGACGGCCAGUACUGGCUGUGGUGGGUUUUCCUUGUUGUAGGAUUCCUGCUGUUCUUCCGGGGAUUUGUUAACUAUUCCAGAGUUCGCAACAUGGCAGAUCAGUCCAUGUCUACCCUUCCUCGUACCCGAGUUCUUUUUAUCUAUUAGGUACAUCACAAGAAAUUUACCUUUUUUUUUUUUUUUUUAUGAGGUGUGUGCAUUGCAUUAGGGGAAAAUCAAUUAAAAGACAACCUUUCAGUGAUAUAAAUAAUUACGGUCAUGAUAUUAAAACGAAGGUGAAGUGUUUUCCUCCUUUGAUUUUUGAAUAGAUUAAAAUCUCAGGAUAAUUGCAAAAUGAACAAAACGGUAAAGUCAGAGAGAGCUUUUUUGAAUCUUCAGGACAUAAACAGCAACAGUGCAAAGAACACAUCUGCUUCAGACGCCCUUCCACUUCUAGUUGUUUGCAUAAUGCAACUAACUACAUUGUAUUUUUUACUAAAGCUUUCGAGUUCCUCCAACCAUUGAUCAGUGCUUAAUUCAGUCGUACAGUAUGCAUUCAUUAUCAUGCAGUUAGAAACUUACAUGUGCAUGUGCUCCACUUCAGAAUGUUUUUGUGGGUUUUCUCUUAAUUUGUGGGAAAGUUGUAAUUUUACUAAGUGGGUAAAUCUAGUAACUGAACUUUGUGAACUAGAACAAGAGUAUGUAUAUACAGUAUACGAGACGAGAGAUAUUAAACGUUAUAAACAUGCACUUUCAAGAUUUAAACAGAACAAGAUGCACAGAGCGACUGCCAGGUCCUUGUAAAGCCAAAAGCAUAUUAAAAGUGUAUUCAAAAAUAUGUCUUUAAAUUCCUGUCACCAAACGGACCAAAAUUGUACUCUUAUUAUAUAAAAGGUUAGCUUAGAUUCAUAGCAGUUCAAUAUAUAAACAGCAUUAAAGCACACCUUAAUAUGUAAUGCGCUUAAUCAAUCAGUGUGAAUAACAAUAUUUUAUGAUGCCAAAUGUAGCAGUAGAUGGUUGAUCGAUCUUUUUGUUUUUAUUGAAGACUUCAGUAUGGGAUAGUGCUUAGUUGUUUGUGAUUUGUAUGUUUUACACUUGUCGAGUAACUUUUAAUAAAUGUAACAUAUGGCAAGA